AUGUGCAAGCCCAAACGUGACAAGGAGAAAUUUGUCACCGUCAUUAUGAUGUUUUGCAAGCAGGUGAAGCUUGGUGAAAGGCACAGUUCUCUCUCAGGGCCCCAGUCUGUGCGGGCAUCUUCUGCUGCCACAGAGCUGCUCAGCCUGGAGGAGGCGCAGGCACGGAGGCGAGGCCACAGCAGCUCUCCUGUCACUGUGACACAGAGCAGGGACAUAGAGGUGGAAGAAGGCCCCACAGCUGUACGGGGGAAAUUCCACACAGUCAUCGACUUUCCACCUGAAAGACCAAGUCCAGCCAGCAGGAUGAAGGAAUCACCAUCUGGCUGUUGGUGUUCCUGCUUCAGCCUGGGAAAACCAUCCUCCGUGGCCAAAGGCCAACGGCAGCACCAUCCCAGGGAGCCCUCAGAGACAGACGUUGUAGUGCUGGCAGGUGAUUCGAGCUCUUGUCAACCCAGAUGUGCCAGAGCAAGUAGCGAAGCUGGGCUGUGUGCUUCCAGCAAUGGAGAGCUCUUGGGAAGCACAAAUGGCUGCGGUUCAGCUGACAGCCUGCCACAUAACAACAGUGACGGACACGAGGAGCUCAUCGAAGUUGAAGCCCUCGUUUCUCCCGGCUGUGCUGAAGAUGCUGACCUGAGCCCGCCAGACACCACAGGCACCAGCCUGGACUGUGACCCGGUGCCUCUGCAGUGCAGCCCAGCCCAAGCGCAGCCUGAGUGCCCCGACAGCAGCACCUCUGUGCAGGAGCAGGUCAGCACCAGCGAGGAGAAGCUGAGCCUCUUGGAGGAGGACUUAGAUUCAGGCCUCCAGUCCCAAGCACUGGGCAGCAGCACUGAGAGCUCUGAGCCACUCUCUCCGUGAGCUUUCCACCCAAGAGAGGACGAUUCCCAUCUUUACCCGGACCUCUCACGCCCUCCUGUCUUUUCCUUUAAUAAUAAAAGCACACUUGUGGUCAUUCAA